AACGUUGAUUCAUUGACUGAAUUUCAGUGACUGGGAUUGCGUAAGAUAAAAAUAUACAAUUGGUGGUGGGGGCGUAAUAUAAAUGGCAUAUCAUAUAAUAAUUGUCAUGACGUCGCCUCUGGAUAUUACAUCAAUUGAAAUGUCAAAACAGAAAAUUCAUUCAAAAUCAACAAAAAAAUUUCUUUAGUGGCGACGGUAUUUGUAUGUGUUUCUUUCCCAAUUUCCAAUUAAAUUUGCAUGUUAGCUAUUGUAUUUAACAUCGCUGCCAUUUUAACACUACUUUUAUUUGUUGUUCAUUAUAUUUACUAUAUUUUGAGUGCUUUAACGCUAAGCUCAAUGCAGUCCGAAGACGCAAAAUAUAUAAAAAAGCGCUCGAAAGGUGGUUCUAUCGAGCCACAUCCAACUGAAAAAGCGAUUAUUUUGAAUUAUACACUUGAAGCAAAGGUUUUUGGUGAGCCUGGUGACCCUAUGCUCGAAGAUUCAAAGAAUUGUCAGCGAAUCAUUCGACUAAAGUCUCUCAACUCAAAAACCUGUCCGGCAGCAUUAGCAGCAGAAGUGGUUGAAAAGUGUGGCAUUAUCAAUAAGUCACAAGUGGCAGAAGUUGAGCAAAUUAUUUAUUAUUUAAAGAAUCGUGCAGAUAACUCUGAAAUGUCUACACAACGGUCGGUGUCUCGAGGUUCUGGCAAAACUGUGCCCGUAGACGCGGAGAAAGUGAAGGAGAAGGCAUCCAUUCGCAAUUUGGAUGAGUAUGUGGAAUUGUUGUACGAAGAUUUACAAGAGCGAGUUCGGGGUUCGUCGCUAAUUUUACGUCUGGCUAGAUGUCCGGAUAAUUUGGAGGAGUUAGAACGGAAUGAAUCGGUUUUAAGUGCUCUGGCUCGAGUACUGCGAGAAGAUUGGAAGAAGAGCCUCGAACUAUCCACAAACAUCAUCUACAUUUUCUUCUGCUUUUCAACCUACACAAAAUUCCACAAUGUCAUCGUGCAAUAUCGGAUCGGCUCGCUUUGCAUGGAAAUCAUCGAAUACGAACUCCGACAUUACGAUGCCAAAAAGCACAAUCUGGAAACGUGGAAGAAUCCCGAAAAGGUGGUCAAAGAUACCAGCAAAAGUUCGGACUGCCUAGACACAUUGAUGAACGAGGAAAAGCCCAAAGAAAUGGAACCACCGCGACGACGAAUACCAGAACUGAAGCAAAGACCCAAAUCGGGUAAUUGGUCAAGUCAAAGUUCCAGCAUGAGUUCAUCGUUGCGUAGCUUGAACAGCAGCUAUCACGAAAAUUUAUCGAUGGCGUUGGACAGUCCGGUGAAUGGUAUGUCUGUAUCGGAUGUAACCACAGUCGGUCAAAAGCGCACCAAAGAGGACUUCGAUAAGCUGAACAAGCAAUUGAAAGUUUAUACGAUGAAACAGGAGCAAUUGUUGCGCGUUGCAUUUUACUUAUUGCUGAACAUUGCGGAGAAUGUUACCUUCGAAGAGAAAAUGCGUAAGAAGAACAUUGUGAAAAUGUUGAUCAAAUUGCUGGAUCGGCAGAAUGUGGAAGUGCUUGUGCUGGUGGUAACAUUCCUGAAGAAAUUGUCAAUUGUCAAGGACAACAAAGACGAGAUGUAUGAACUGAAUAUUGUCGAAAAAUUGCCACGACUGUUGCAAACCCUAUAUCCCGAUCUCAUCCAAGUUACGUUAAAGUUGAUCUUCAAUCUAUCCUUCGAUGGUGCAUUGCGUGCAAAAAUGAUUCGCAUCGGACUUCUACCGAAACUGGUCACCUAUUUGAGCGACGAUAAGCAUCAUGGAAUUGUCGUCCGUAUAUUGUACCACAUGUCGAUGGACGACAAAGUGAAAUCGAUGUUUACAUAUACGGAAUGUGUGCCAUUAGUGACCGAUAUGCUGAUAUUGAAUCUAAAUCCCGAGUCCGAUUUAGAGUUGAUUGCACUGUGCAUCAAUUUGGCAUUGAACAAACGCAAUGCCCAACAGAUGACCGAAAACAAUCGAUUGCAUACACUUAUGACAAGGGCGUUCAAAUAUCAAGACUCGUUGCUGAUGAAAAUGAUUCGGAACAUUUCGCAUCACGAAAGCUUGCGAGGUCAUUUUGUGGAUUUUGUUGGUGAUUUAGCCAAAGUUCUGACUGACUGUGACAAUGAAAAAUUCAUGGUUGAGUGCUUGGGAAUAUUAGCCAAUUUAUCUCUUCCCGAUUUAGACUAUUCGUCUUUACUCCAAGAAUACAAUCUCAUACCGUGGAUUCGUGAUGUCUUGAUUCCAGGGAAGUCAUCUGACGAUGUAGUCCUAGACACUGUGGUAUUUCUUGGCACUUGUGCUUGCGACGAAGCUUGUACGAUGCUUCUAUGUAAAGCAGAAGUCAUCACAUCGCUAAUCGAACUACUGAAAGCGAAGCAAGAAGAUGACGAGAUGGUUUUGCAAAUCGUUUUCGUUUUCCAACAAAUUCUGCGCAAUGAGAGCACUAGAGACUACAUGAUAAAGGAAACAGAAUCGCCAGCCUAUUUGAUCGAUUUGAUGCACGACAAAAAUCCAGAAAUUCGAAAAGUCUGCGAUUAUUGCCUUGACAAGAUUACUCUGUACGAUGAGGAAUGGGCAACACGGUUGAAGUUGGAAAGAUUCAGAAACUACAACGAGCAAUGGAUCAAUAUGGUCGAAUCAUACCAGGAAAUGGAAGACAACACCUAUUACGAUCAGUUUGAGGAUGACGACAAACAACCGUAUUUGACUGCCGAUUAUCUGGACCAGUGUAUGCUUUAUCAAUCGGAAGAUUCAGACAAUAUGAGAGUCAAUUCUGCUAUGUCGAAUGGCAGUCGUCCGUUGAGCAGAUACAGCCGUGAUUUUGAAGAGCUUGAUAUGCCGAAGUCGCGACGAUCGAAUUCCGAUGAAAUGGAUAAGAAAAUUACGAACACAGCCGAACUGUUGACCGACUUGGAAUUGGAAUGAACGAUUUAAUACCAAAAUGGAUAGCAAAGCCUCGUAAGAACAACACUAAACCCUAGUCGUUUUUGUCAUGUGAUAUUUUUGUUUAAAAAAAGUUUUUUUUUUCGUUUCUACUAUGAGCCAGUGUUGUUGUGUUGUAUACUCCUAACUGCAUUUCUGUAUUGUAUAACUUUUGAUUUGUAAACUGGAACUCUUUCAAUAAAAAGUUUAGUCCCGGUACAUA